CCGCCUCCGUCUCCGUCUCCGCCCCCCUCCCGGACACGCAGGAAGUCUCGCGAUGGAGGGAGGAGGCGGUGCACCCCCAGCAGUCCUUGAAGAAAACGAGUCACGAUGCGUCCCAGCUGCAAGUCGCGGAGCCGACGGUUCAAAGAGAAGCAGUUGGGGGUUCUUAUUUACCGGGAUUGUGGGCGGGACGCUGGUGGCCGUGUACGCUGUGGCCACGCCAUUUCUAACACCAGCCCUCCGAAAAAUUUGUCUGCCUUUUGUACCUGCAACUACGAAGCAGAUUGAAAAUGUUGUGAAAAUGUUGCAUUGCAGAACAGGAUCCCUGGUCGACAUUGGCAGUGGUGACGGGCGUAUUGUGAUAGCAGCUGCAAAAGCAGGAUUCAGAGCCGUUGGUUAUGAAUUAAACCCAUGGCUGGUUUGGUACUCCAGAUACCGUGCUUGGAGAGAAGGGGUGCAGGACUCCGCCCAGUUUUAUAUUUCAGACUUAUGGAAGGUUACUUUCUCGCAGUACUCGAACGUCAUUGUUUUCGGAGUGCCUCAGAUGAUGCCGCAGCUGGAGGAGAAACUUGCGCUGGAGCUUAAGGAUGACGCCAGAGUCAUUGCCUGCCGGUUCCCUUUCCCUCGCUGGACCCCAGACCACGUCACCGGGGAGGGCGUGGACACCGUGUGGGCCUACGACGUGAGCACCAUGAGAGGCAAGAGGCCCUGAAGACCCGUGCGUUUCCAGUCGAUCCUGGAGAUGGAGACGUUAUUGAGCGCGAUUUUCCGAGUGUUGGUGGUCUUUGAUUUUACAGAGACUUCCAGCUGUGUCUUCAGCAAAGAGUGUAUUUUUUCUCCAGUAUGGAAUGAAAAACUAUUACUUUCCUUAACUUCUGCCAAACAAACAGAAGUUGGAACAGCAGGUAGAUUUAAAGUCCAUUUUCAUGCUCUACUUAAAAAAGUGGCCUUCUUCCCUUCCAGGCACUCGGACGUAUGAAAACGUGGAUGAGUGGCUAUCGCAUUUAUGUGCAGGAAUGUGUGAACAGCCCUUCCCAUUAUAAAAAAUAUGACUUAAUGCCAUAGAUGAAAAGAAACACUUUUUUAAAGAGGGUGUAUGUGUGAGCAUAUUUGCAGUUUCCUCUAAGUUGAUUCAUACUUAAGAUUUAUGGAUUUAUGUCUUUCUUUUCUGUACUUCGUGGUAAAACUAAUUUUGUAGAGGACGUAGGCCCUCAUAUUUUAUAACAUUUACUAGGAAUAGUUUGUUCCAAGGCUAGUGGAUUACUGUAUUUUAUUGAGUCGGAGAUGUGUACGUGUGUGUGCACGUGUGUGUGGAGACACACAUUUGAAUGUUUCUGAAACGGUGCUGUACCUUCCAGUCAAUGGUGUUUUAUGUCUGUAACGGGCAGUGUCAUCCGUCAUGAUACAGUCGGACACCUGCCGGCAUGGGUGGGUCUCAGUUUUGAGGAGAUGGGCUCAGAGAAGCUCAUGGCAGAGGGGAGUCAUUGGUAGGAACAUGAUAGUAAAAUAAGCAGGUGCGAGCUUGGGGCUCAGCCAGCCCUGGGAGCACAUCCCUGCCUGGCCAGCAGCAGGAGGCCCUGGACCGCUGGCUUGCCCUUGUGGGGCCAAGGACCCACUGGGAUAAUGAAACACUGAAGGGGACUUUUUUGGGUAAACUUAUGACACAAAGUUUUUGGUCUAUAAGUGGUGUUCAUUAUUUUAGAUAUUAAAGGCAAGCUUAUUCACAGAAGUUAGGGGUUAUUUCUGCUAGUCACUUCUUGACUUUCUGAAAGCCGCCAUUUAUGUAAUAUUUCUCAUUUAUGAGAAGAGACUUGACUGAUUAGAUAAAACAGUGAAGGAAAACCUUUGAAUGUGGGUAGACAAGCUUCAUGUAUCUGACGUUCGUAUUAAGUGGUGGCUCGAAGUAUCCCUGUGCGUCACGGGAAAGAACGGAGCUCCCGAUCGCACACACCUGCGACCUAAGUUCCAAACCGGCUGCAUGGAGGUUUGCGAAAGUGAGGAAGUGAGAGCGUUUUUCACUGAACUAAAACUGAUCCGCUUGAUAAUCGCCAUUUAGAUGAGCAGCGACCCAGCCACUCACUCAUUCCUUUAGCAAAUAUUUACCAAGUGUCUGCCGUGUAAUGAGCUUUUCCGACUCAGCGGUGAGUAGACCUUCGAGGCCUCUGAUCUUACGGCCUGUGUGUUCCAGAAGAGUGAGACCGGCAGGUACGGGAGUGAAUGUUAGUGUGUGUGACGUUCUCUGAAAGAAGUCAGCGGUGUGGCUGUUCUGGGCACGUGUCAGGGUUUCGGCUGCUGCGGUCCACCCCUUCUCAGCAACCCCCGGUUUCUUUCUGAGGAAGGAAUUCUGCCCGGUGGUGUGCAGGGUGGUCUGUACCUAUCCUCCCUGUCACUGCCGUCAGCCCUGUGACCGGCUGGGCGCACCUGGAGAGGGACCCACCAGAGCUCCCUGCCCGGCAGGUGUAAUGCGCGGAGGCCGGGUUCCGUGGAGCCCUGGGUGUAUUCGGUAAGUUUCUAGACACGCUCCUGGCCACUAGCUGGAGGCAUCAGGUGGUUCUGCAAAGGCACAUGCAACUUGCUCUUCUUGGUUUCUCCAUUAGUUCCCAAGAAUGAGAUGAUGGCCGGGCCUGCAACCUCAGAAUGAAGUGGACCGUUUCACGGAAGUGUUGAGGUUCAUGGAGUUUGUAAGGUCUUUAACUGAUUUUUUUCAGCUGUGCCUCGAAGUGACCAAUAAGAAUGUUCUCCUGGGGGUCAUCAUGGCCUCUCUGGCUGGUUUCAACGAUCGGUUGCUAGGGGGACGAUGUUGAUUCAGCCGGCACACGACACGAAGCGGGGAGCGGGAGCUCCUCUUUCUGAUGUCAAAAGUGGGACUCAGAAUGUCUGGCAGACUGAAAUCAGGCGGAAGUGCUGCCUUGAUGAAAUGGGAAGUUCAGACAAACAACCAGACAAGAACAGAAGUGAGCUGAGUGGUGCCGUCACCCGACAGGAGCCACGUGACCAGUCCCGGACGUCCCGUCGGCGUUUGGCUGUGUGGCCUGAGCACACCCCCGUCUGCAUCUUUCUCUACGGGCUCGGCCUCGGUUGCAGGCCCUGCCCUCCCGGGUGUCCAAGGUGGACUUGGUCAGACCCCCUGCCGGUUCCGACAUCCGGGCCCCCGGGGGCGCUGAGCCCCGCCGAGAGGCUGCGCACCCAGGUGUGCACGGCCGAAGAGCCACACUCUUGCAGGUACACGUGUUCCCUGCUGCCGAGCGACGGCGGACGCCGUGACAAGCCACAGCCGAGCAGGACAGGAAAAGUGCAAGAUUCCUGAUGUUUCCGCCGCGCAGCUAAUACCAUGGCUCUGCCCACGUACCUGCCCUGAUGGGCCGGGGCCGGGAAGGGGUGCUGUGAAGGGGUCCCGUGAGGGCACGGACGGGCUCAGUGCCGGCGUCUUCGGAGCUGGCACCGUGAGCCGUGUUUCCUCGGCUGCCCACAGUCUGAGGGUUCCUCCUCGGCCCCGGGCUCCCAGGUGUGCAGGUCUCCACCCGCGGCCCUGUCCUGGCUGAAGGUGUGUGGGCGCCGCUGGCUCCGAUCCCGUGGCCAUGUCCCCUCUUCCUGGGUGACAGCACCUGGUGCUUCCGCUGUCAGGCACUGGUGUGUUCGGGGACUGUGGGCCCGGCCAGUUGUCCGGCCCCAUCCCCUGGGCGUCAGGGCAGCCGGUGGGCCGUGGGCAUGUGAUCGAUCCACGUCAGGCCAGUGAGGUCCAAAGGGCCGUCUGUUGGGAGCUUUGGGAAAGGUUUCGUUGUCACAGAAGGAGGUGCUUGAAGAGUGAGUGUCCCUGCUGUCCUCGGGCAGGAACACUGGCCAUCAUGGCCCUUCUGCAGCCGCGGCGGAGAGGGACAGUAGGAGCCGGGAGGCUGGUGGAGCAGAAAGACAGACAGACUCGAGGUCCUUGAUGAGUCUGACCUGACCCGGAGCCUCUGACUUUGGGACAUCUCAGGUGAGGUGACAAACCCAUGUUGUUGCUGUCCCACUGGUGUGGUGGUGCUUCUGCCCUGUGGUGGCCUGGCUGGGACAGGAGGCUCUGAGGCUCAGGUGGGGUGAGGGAGCCCGGCCAUGUGGAACGCGGGCAUCGGACGGCGCUACAGGAGAACGACUCGCUGGCAAGGUCAGAAGCAUGACUCGCGAGGGUCCGGGAGCUCCUAUUGGGGGAGGCUGCACUCCCAGACGGGUGUUUGGGCCAUUGGACCAAGUCAAGGGGGCUCUGAACGUGGACCCUGCCUUCCCCAGCAGCAGGAGUCGUAGGUGGGUUUCCUGUUCUUGGGGACAUGGACAGGGACAAGUCCCAGCAGAGCCCAGCCACAGCCCUGCUCCCAUAGUUUUGUGGGGGGGAAAGAUGAUUCCUCAGGAUUAGAAUUAAUAAAAGCAAGGGAGGAAAACACUCAGACUGCUCCCUGGGGGGGGGGGCAGCUGAGGCGGGGAGCCACAAUGAUGCGGGCUGGCCUUUGUGUCCUUAGGUUGGAAUCCUGACCCUCUGUGUGAUCACAUGAGGCGGCCUUGGAGAGGGGCUUAGCUCCUGAGGGGGGAGCGCUCCCGAAUGGGAUCAGUGCCCUUAUUAGGCGACCUCAGAGAGCUCCGUCCCCCCGCCGUGUGAGUAGGGGGCAGGCAGCUGUGAACCGGAGGGGCUUCCCACCAGACACCGCAUGUGCUGGAGCCGUGAUCUGAGACUUCUUAGCCUCCACCGCUGGGGGAAGAGCUACUUGUUUAAGCCCCCAGGCCACGGGGUUCUGUGACAGGGUCCGAGCUGGUCAUCUAGAUAGAGCCCACCCAGCACUGUCAGACUUGUCCCGCUUUAGCCAUCUUUUCCUGGGCCCACACGAGGUAUGGAGGUUGAAGGGAGCCAAGCUUCAGGGCAAUUCUCCCCAGUGCCAUCUGGGAAGAGCGGGAAACCAUCCCCUGGAUGUAAUGGUCAGGGCUGGUUGGCUGGGUGGGCUCCAUGUGGAUGGCCGUCGGGGGUGUGCCGGGCACCGUCAUGGGGGCGGGGGGAGGCUUCCCCGGGAGGGGUCUCUCCUGUGCCUCCCCGCUGACACGCUUUCCGCACAGUUUGUCCCUAAAUCAACGUGGACUCUGAAAAAACUAGAGCCAGAGGAACAGGAGCUGCUGUGUCGACCAGCAGACGCGAAUUCUCGGUGGUGAUGAGUCUGGAGAACUGUCCUACCAGGCACAGCUCGGGAGGUUGUGACUGUUGCCCUGUGAUGAGAGGAAGCUGGAGGAGACAGGACAGACGCUUCCCGGCGCGGGAAGGCUUGCCAGGCAGAAGAGAGGAAAGGUGACCAUGAACGUGAUGGCUACGUACCGGAAGUCUCGUGUGCAGGAAUACCCCGUGCUCGUCCUGAGCGGGGAGGUGCCGUCUACUGGCUUUUUUCAUUCUCAACCACAGGGACCUGUGGGCAGCUCGCUCGGUCCUGACCAGACACAGGAGCCCAGAGUCUCACUCUAUGCUCGGUUGCUUCCCUGCGUGGCUCUGAGGAGAGGCCUGGCUCUUUGUGUGCUGCGGGAGGGCUGAAGCUCAGUGGGAAGUGGGGUUUGGAUAAAGUCGUUGGAAGUUAGAAUGCGUUGCCUCUCGAUGUAGGGUCUUUGUGGUCACUGGGGCUGCCGCCGCAGAGGGCCGGACAGCCACAUGGUGGAGAUGUUGUAGCAAGGAUCCCAUCAGCCGGCAGGUGCGGAGUCUAGAAAGGACCUGAAGUGAUCACGAGUUUUCCAGCCUCAGUGGGUCUGCCAGACCCUUUGAGCAGAACCCAGUGGCUCUGGGAAGCAUCAGCGCGGUGUGAGCAGUGAGGGCAUUUCACACAACUCCGGGGCGCUUAGCCUCUCCCAGCAGGAGGCCACGGGCUGCUUUUUACUCUGAUGUAGGAGACAAAAGCAGCUGAAAUCUUGAAAUCUCAGGGAAGCUGAUGGAUGGCAGUAAGCUUUAUCAGAGCUCCAGCCGAGAAGUGGUAAUACUGAGAAGAAGGUUGGACUCUCUUGGACCCCAGAGGACUUAGCUGAAGUUGUGCUCCCCACGUUCGGAUGAGAACCAGGAGACUGUUCUUGAAUCCGCUGGGAGAAACACAUCCUGAACGGCACCUCGUCCCCCUCGAAGGGACACUGUCUCCCCCAUCACCGUGUCUGGUCUGACAAGGACCCAGAGCUUGCCGAUCCUUCUCCGGAUGAUUGGGGCAGAGUCUGGCAUCAGAGCCAGAGGCUGUAGAGAUGAGGUGAGCCCUGUGGAUUCAUAAGUGGGGGACAGAAAGAUUGGGGACGUCCCAGUGGAAGUUAAGGUCUUGAAGUUGAGGCCAGAGAAGUUUGGAGGGCUGUGAGAGAUGACAGUAACGGGUUUCUCUCCGGCGGAGGGGCUCAGUCCCAGUGAGCGGACCACAGUCCUGUGGAGUAGGACCUGCCGCAGGCCUGCCCUCCGCCACCCCAGAGGGCCCAAGAAUGGGGGCAGGAGCAGAGCCAGACUGUGGCCGGCGGAGCCCUCGCGGUCCCGAACAUCUCAGCCCCCGUCAGAGGAUUCAGUGGAGUGUCACGUUCUCUGAACAACUCCGCUGAUGAGGUUAUUUUAUGACGAGUGAAAAUCCCAUUUGUCAUGAUGGAUAUUAGACACUAGGAACUUAUUAUCCCCAAAGAUGGGGCAGGCCAUAUAUUUAAGUAGAAAAAUGGAUACUUACAUAAAUGUAGGGAAAUCUCCCUUCUAAGUAACACAAUGAAGUUUCCACGCUCAAAUAGAAAACUGGAGUCUUCUGGGAUCCUCUCAGGUAGAGUGAAGUGUUCCUGUAAUAGUGACACAUUACGGCUACAUUGGAAUUGUCACACUGGUGGCCCAAUGGACUGAUGCAAAUUGAACAUGAACAAAAAAACCAUAAAACUUUCAUAGGUGAGGGAAAUUCUUUCUUAUUGUUUCUAAUUUAAUAUGAUGGUGAGAAUAUUACCUGAGAACGACUGAUAAAACAAUAGCUCCUUGAUCACAAGGCUUAACUCAAGGAUGGAAAAGAGGCAUCAAGUGCAUUUUCUUCUCCGGAAUAUUGUAGGGUGAAGAAUUGGGCAACGAAAUUACUGUUGAUGAGAAUGAAUCCAAACGGCAGGAAAAUCCGCAAGACCCUGUGAGUGUCCCAGACUUGGUGGAUACGUUCGAGGGGUGAGGUCUUGCGGGGUUUGCCGGGAAGAUAGCUGGGCAGUGUCGUUCAUGGGGAACGUGACAGCGACAGAGGCAGCAUGUCACAAAGCAUUAGGUACGUGCUGGUGCACGUGGCGAACAGUUCGCGUAUUUGGGAGGCAGCGGGAGUUCUGCCCUUCCAGUGAUGGUCCCUUCUUCCUGCCCCCUGACAUUUACGUGUCCCGGGCACCCACGCUUUAUCCUUUAUCCCGUCACCUCUGCUAUGUGUCCACUGCUCUUUAAGAAUUACGUUACAUAGUCCCAUUUUCAAGGGCGUUUGCAUUUUGUUAAGGAGCGCUAUGGUAUGAAUUUGAAUUUUCAGUGAGAGUAAAAGAUGGAUUUGUAAUCCAACACUUACUCUCAGGGCCCUGCUCUGGCCCCAGCCCAAACCACCCAGCCGGCAUAUCCGAACAGCUCAGAAAGGCAGACCGUGGUCACCGCAAGUUUCUCUUGACCGGAACGUGUUAAUUAGGAAUGGAAAUUCAUAGCCCGGAAGCUAGUAUAGCAAGGCUAGCUCUCCAAGCGCUGAUUGUCAUAGGUCUUGUAGAUGCAUUAUUCUAAAUUCUCCUCCUAACUGCGGUGUAGGUAUGACAUUUCUCAGUGGGGGAAACUGAGGCAUUUAGAGGGUAAUUGCUUUGUUAAGGCCCCUGCACUCAUUAGCAAGGAGUGGAGCUGGUAUUGGUAUUCAAACCCAGUGUGACUUUACCCCCCCGCCACCCCCCCCCCCGCCCCCACCUCUGUCACUCUGGCCAGGGUGUGGGGAAGGCUCUGCUGCUCCAAUUUCAAUCCUGUCUACCCAGUAGCUCAGAUAUUAGCAACAUUUGAAUAACUCUGAGGCUUGGGUCUCCUCUCUCUUUGAAUCAAAAUAAAUCUUUGUUUUUGGAGGGACAGGGUGGUCCUUGGGUUAGAAGCAUAAGCCAGGGAAAAGGGUAGAGCAGCCA